AAAAUAUCAAUGAAUGUGUCAUAGCUUACGGUAAUAUCAGACCUUCAAAUGACCUUUCUUCGUGUCCUAUCCUCAAGUCGCAAUUUUGACAGUUGAGCAGCAGCGCUUGAACAGUGUAUUAAAUAUCUAGAGCCGAAGAACAUAAAAGCAAAAAAUCAACCAUGAGCACCUACUUCCAAUACCCCACCCCUGAGAUUCAGGAAGAGCUCAAAAAGAUUGCCCAAGCCAUUGUCGCACCUGGCAAGGGUAUCCUCGCUGCUGAUGAGUCAACUGGUACCAUGGGCAAGCGUCUCCAGGACAUCGGAGUUGAGAACACCGAGGAGAACCGCCGCAAAUACCGUCAGCUGCUGUUCAGCUCUGACCCAGCCCUCUCCGAAAACAUCUCUGGUGUGAUCCUCUUCCACGAGACGCUCUACCAGAAGGCUGAUGAUGGAACACCCCUCGUCCAGCUGUUGGAGAAACGCGGCAUCAUCCCCGGAAUCAAGGUCGACAAGGGUGUUGUACCACUUUUCGGAUCUGAAGAUGAAUGCACCACCCAGGGUCUCGACGACCUCGCCCAACGCUGCGCCCAGUACAAGAAGGACGGCUGCCACUUCGCCAAGUGGCGCUGCGUGCUCAAGAUAGCGCGCAACACGCCCUCGUACCAGGCGAUCAUGGAGAACGCGAACGUGCUCGCGCGCUACGCGUCCAUCUGCCAGAGCCAGCGCAUCGUGCCCAUUGUUGAGCCCGAAGUGCUGCCUGAUGGCGAACAUGACUUGGACCGCGCACAGAAGGUGACCGAGCAGGUGUUGGCCGCCGUGUACAAGGCGCUCAGCGACCACCACGUGUACCUCGAGGGAACUCUUCUCAAACCCAACAUGGUGACAGCCGGCCAGAGCUGCAAGAAGCAGUACACCCCCAUGGACAUCGGACGUGCCACCGUCACCGCUUUGCUCAGGACCGUGCCCGCAGCUGUUCCCGGGGUGACGUUCCUGUCGGGCGGUCAGUCGGAGGAGGAGGCGUCGGUGAACCUGAACGCCAUCAACACGGUGGAGCUGAAGCGGCCGUGGGCGCUCACGUUCAGCUACGGGCGCGCGCUGCAGGCGUCCGUGCUGCGCGCGUGGGCGGGCAAGCCGGAGAACGUGGUCGCCGGCCAGCAGGAGCUCUUGAAGCGUGCCAAGGCCAACGGUCAAGCAUCGCAGGGCAAAUACGUCGCCGGCUCCGUAACAGGUGUGGGAGCUGAGGCUGGUCUAUUCGUAGCUAACCACGCGUACUAAACUAUUAGCGUAGUACAUACGCGAUUACAGCUGACGAUGCUAUAACUGUUUUAGAUAUGAUUCCAAAGCACAACGAGGCACUCCGCAUUCAUACAAGCCUGGUAUCGUCAGCGUAUUGUAUAGCAAUGUUAACGCAUAAUACAUUCGAUUUUUAAAUGGCAACAUUGUUUAUGACAUUAGUUGAGAUGUCAACGUCAAAACUGACGGUGACGUUGCGUAGAUAUUUCGCGCCAAAACUUUGCUAUGUGACGCUUUAGUGUAAUUCGAAAUUGUAACCUUAAAUUUUAUUCAUCAAGCGCGUAUCGUUGUUGUCGUCAUGUUAAUUAGAUAUUUGAAUUCAUUAUGUAUUAGGUUGAGAUUAGGCGUCAUUUUAGAUGCUUUCGUAUUUUGUGAUUAUUCGAAUGCAUUAUCUAUUAUCGGAUAUACUAUAUAGUUAUCUAUUAUGUACACAAUUAUUUAAGAAUCAUAG